AUGAAGCUCGAUACCAGUAAUAUGCGGUAUAUGACUCCUGAUGACUUUCGUGUCCUACAAGCCGUUGAGCAGGGCGCAAGAAACCAUGAAGUUGUUCCCACAACGUUAAUCCACCAGCUCUCCGGAAUGAGAUCUUCGUCGGGCACCAACAGGUCGAUCGGAGAUCUUGCAAAGCUCAAAUUGGUUUCAAGAAUGAGAAACAUAAAAUAUGAUGGAUUCAGACUUACUUACAACGGAUUUGACUACCUGGGGCUGAAAUCUAUGCUGAACAGAGAUACCAUCUAUUCCGUGGGAAAUAUCAUUGGUGUUGGAAAAGAAUCAGAUGUAUAUAGAGUCAGCGGUAAAGAUGGGUCUGCCAGGGUUUUGAAAAUUCAUCGCUUGGGUCGUACUUCCUUCACCACCGUUAAGAAUAAUCGUGAUUACCUCAAACGCAACAAGUCAGGUAGCUGGAUGUAUCUUUCUCUUUUGGCUGCCACGAAAGAACACCAGUUCAUGUCGCUCCUUUAUUCGAGGGGCUUUUCUGUACCUGAACCCUUUGACAAUUCCCGCCAUAUGGUUUUAAUGCAACUCAUCGAUGGAUAUCCCAUGAGAAGGAUGCGCAGUCAUAAAAACUUGCCCAAGCUAUACAGCGAUCUGAUGUUAUUCAUCGUGAACCUUGCAAACCACGGUCUCAUUCAUUGCGAUUUUAACGAGUUCAAUAUCAUGAUUAAAGAAUCUAUCCAAGACGCAAAGGACUGUGGUUUUGUCGUGAUCGAUUUUCCGCAGUGUAUAUCGAUUCAACAUCAAGAUGCGGAGUACUAUUUCAAGAGAGAUGUUGAUUGCAUACGCAGGUUUUUCAAGAAGAAACUGAAAUAUGAACCUGUCGUUGACGAAUCGAUGGUCGAUCUAGACGGCUAUGGUGAUGGCUUCAAGUAUGCGUAUCCAGAUUUCAAGAGGGAUGUGAAACGAAGUGACAAUUUGGACGAGCUGGUCCUUGCUUCUGGUUUCAGCAAAAAGCACCCAAGCGACAAAAGGUGGGAGGAAGCUGCAGAGAAGAUGAGAGAAGAGCUCGAUGAACAAAGUGAUGGUGAGGUCUCCGACACCGUCGAGAAUUUUUCGAGCGAAGAUUCUUCAGAAUACUCUGACUACGACUCACAAGAGGAGGAGAGUUCAGACCAGGACGAUCUUGACGAGGAAAACGAGCGCAUAGUAGAAGCUCUUUCAAGUGGUGUGUCGAAUUUGAAGAUGGACAAUUUAGGCAACUAUAUUCUCGAGGAAUAA